AGGCUGAGUUGCAUGUGGAUACAGCGCAUGUCAUACUAAAGAAAAUCAGAAUGAGGUCUUUCUCCUUAAUGACCCAGUGCGCAUGGUCAGUGUUCUGGUGUGAUUGCAGUCAGUUUGGUGUGUAUGUGUGUGAGGUCGAUCAGCUGCGGUUCAUGUAGCUUAUUGCAGAAAGAAGUUUUACAGCAAGACUUGGUCGAAGUGUAUUUCGUAAAGAACCAUUGCAUCUUAAAUCAGAAUAUGUCGGCAAAUAAAGCAAAGAAAGUAAAAAUGGCUACUAAAUCAUGUCCGGAAUGUGACCAACAGAUCCCAGUUGCUUGCAAGUCCUGUCCUUGUGGCUAUGUAUUCAUAAGCAGAAAGCUUUUAAAUGCCAAAUUGAAUGAGAGGUCAUCACCAAUAGAUAAGUUUGAUCCAAAGAGGAGGAGAACUGAGAGGAUUCGCAGAGAUAAGAUUGACUCUCCCACAACCAAUGACAUGGAGAACAGCAGGCAGUCCCGCUCCAACAGCCAAUCCGAACAGAUCCGACGCGGACGAGGACGACCAAAGACGACAGGGCUGAAGAAGCAGGAGGAGGAGAAAGAAAAACAAGAGAAGGAAGUGGACAUUUAUGCCAAUCUCUCAGAUGAGAAGGCUUUUGUUUUUUCUGUGGCCCUGGCAGAGAUCAACAGGAAGAUCUUGGGCCAGAGACUGAUCCUGUAGACUCUGUGGAUCAAACAGAAGGAACAGCCACCGGAGACUGUCUGUGGUGAGAGAAGGACUCAUUAACCACCACAGACAUGUGUCUCUGCUCCAAUGGGAAAGUUAACUCUGACCUGGAAGGGCUUUGUCUGCAAAUAACCUUGGUGUCAGACGAUUGGACAUGGCCUGGGGUGCUGAGGGAAGCAGCAGAGAUGCAAGCAAACAGGAAGCGUUCAGUAGAGUGAAAUAUUUACUGCAGUACAGACCGAUAUGUAAUGCUUAGAUCUGACACAUGCUGAGCACUCAUACUGGAACUACUCUAUAAGAUACAUUUCUAGCUGAUUGUAAUGUAGUGUUGAAGCCUGAACAGACUCUAGUGCCACUGAAGGGGAAAACAGGAACCAAUUGAUUACAAUUUUGCUUAGGAAUCGGUCUGAAUAUUUCUUUUAUUUCAAUUUUAUAUAAUAUGUUGUAGAUUAUCAUGUCAAAGUCCUAAUAUUGUGAGGCUCAGCUUUGUUGAAACAGCGUUUUAAAACUUACAGGGCAUAUAUGUGUUGCGAGGUAAUGUUGCAUGGCAACAGCAUUGCAACUGACUUCUGUGGUGUUCUUGGCUCAUCCUCGAUAUUUGUUUGUGAGUCUAAAGGCUCUUUUUAUACCAUGCAAAACACUUUGUGAGUAUGUUAUCGGCUAUACUGUCUAUUUAUAAUGCCUAUACUACCUUAAAUUAAUAUCUUAUCCUUUGUUUUUAUGUAAUUGAAUUAUAUAUUGUAUGAGCUACUGUGACUGUCCGGAAGUUAAAGCUUCAGCAUAGAUCCAAUAUCUAGUUAAGUGGAGAAUCACAGCUCAUUGAUCUCUAAUGCUGGAGUCCUUGUCUGGAGAUUUCAUGUGGAUGUCAGCAUAUGUACAAAUGUAAAUCAAAACCUUCUAAAGACCAAUCAGAUCAGCGGCUCCUUUAUUUCACAAACACUGACAUUGUCAAGGAAUACUGCAAUCAAUAAUUUGAAUAAAGUUUGUUGGUACAGGUGGAUAAAGUGACU